AUGGAGAGGUUCCAGACAUUCAUUUUGCUUCCUCUCAUCUUAACUGCCUCACUACCAGGUCUUGGCUUUUGUUACUCUAUUAUAAAUGGCCCUACUAAUGCAACAGUCCUUGCUGGUUCAGAAGCCCGGUUUAAUUGCACUGUGUCAGUAGGAUGGGUAAUUCUAAUUUGGCUGUCCAAUGGAAAUCCUGUCCUCACUGUCAUCAAUUCUCAAGGAGCCGUUGAGACAUCAGACCGCUUCACCUCUCAAAAUUAUACCAGUAGCAAUGGUUUUACCUCGGAGCUGAUCAUCCGCAACACCCAGCUGAGUGACUCUGGAAAAAUUGAAUGCAGCACCCAGCAAACUAGUGAGAGCAGCUUUGCAUUUCUUUCUGUUCAAGUUAAUGGAUCUUUAUUCAUCAAAAAUAGCACCUUAACAGUAAAAGAGAACAAAACAGUUGAAAUUGUUUGUGAAGCCUUAGGAUGGGCUCCAUCUCCAGACAUUACCUGGAUGACAAAUGACACUUUCAUUGAUAAGUCGAGUUAUGUUACCCAGCAAAGUCAAGGAUCUAAUGGCCUCCACAAUGCCCUGAGCAUCCUAACUUUGACUCCGACGGACACUGAGAUUUUGACUUGUUUAGCUGACAUAGAAGCACUCCCUAACCCUCAGAAUGCAACUGUAACUGUUAUUUUUGUCAACUCUACUAUAGAAAGUGAUUACAGUGAAGACAGCAGAAGCACGUGGGUUAUUGUACUUGCAGUUGUGCUUUCACUCAUUGGUAUUAUUCUUCUGAUCAUUAUUAUUGUGGUUGUCGUACGCUGCUGCUGCCUGCAGAAGAAAGGAUCUACAUACCAAAAUGAAAUAAGAAAAGUUUCAGCUGAGAACAAAAAAGAUGGCCAUUUGGAGAACAGGCAAAGGCAUGGUAGCGAAAAUCAGGGAUACAUUCCAGAGGAACAGUGGAACACAGAACAAAUCCCAAGAAUUGCCUCUCUUCCCCCAAUGUCUUCAAAGUUCACUGUCCCUGCUGCAGAUUUACAUACCAGUUCUGUACCAAAGUUGCCAGACUGGAGGAGAUGUGGAUAUAAGAUGGAGAUAGUGUUGAAG